AUGGCCUACACGAUCAGCAAAGAAAAUGGCACUAACUUUGCGACCCACGAGCUUAUUACCUUGGAAUCUCCCAUUGCAGAAUCUAAUGGCCAAGACAUGGAGAAGAUGGGAGUUGAUGGUAUUCCUGGACAGGUUGCGGAGAAAUGGCGAGGUACUCAAUCAGACAAGCAUGAUAUGGCUGUCUUAGGAAAGAAGCAGGAGCUACGCCGAAACUUUAAGUUCAUUAACAUCUUGGGUUUAUCAAGCACCGCCAUGGCAAGUUGGGAAAUACUACUUCCAUUAUUCGCUUACUCUCUAGAAGAUGGAGGGACUGCCGAUAUGUUCUGGGGUUUCAUCGUUGGUACUUUUGGUAUGAGUUUGGUAUACGCCAGUAUCGCCGAGAUGGCUUCAAUAUCGCCUACUUCCGGAGGCCAAUAUCAUUGGGUAUCGGAAUUUGCGCCACCUAAGAUCCAAAAGUUUUUUAGCUAUCUCGUCGGCUGGCUUUCUGCUAUCGGAUGGCAACUUUACUUGGCCGGAGUUUGCUUCGUGGUCGCUCUGAUUAUCCAAGGUCUCAUCGCUUUAAAUAUCGAGGAUUAUAUAAGGCAAAGUUACCACGGGACUUUGCUCACCAUUGCCGUGCUCGCAUUCUCAGUCAUUUUUAACACUUCGAUAUCUUCGCAUUUGCCUAUGAUUGAAAGUGUAAUGUUAGUUCUGCACGUAUUCGGCAUGUUAGCAAUUACCAUUCCUAUUUGGAUUUUAACCCCUAAUCUCAGCCACGCCUCGGAAGUUUUACUCACUUUCACAAAUGAAGGCAGUUGGCCAAGUAGAGGAUUAUCGGCUAUGAUUGGCUUGACGGUACCUUUUGGUGCUUUGGUUGGUUUCGAUUGCUCUAUUCAUAUGUCUGAAGAAAUCCAAGAUGCAUCUAUCACAAUCCCCAGAGCUAUUAUGUGGUCCAUCGUACCAAAUGCUGCCAUGGCAUUUUUCAUGAUUCUCACCUUGAUCUUUUGUAUCGGGGACGUAGACAGUAUUCUCGACAGUAAAACUGGAGAGCCAUUUAUCCAGCUAUUGUACAACUCUACUCAGAGUUACACUGCUACCAAUAUUAUGGUUACACUAAUAAUUAUCUUGCUUCUAUCUUGCUGCGUCAGCGAAGUAGCCACCACAUCCCGACAAAUUUGGUCUUUUGCCAGAGAUCAGGGCCUUCCUGCUUCCGGCUGGUUAUCCAAGAUUUCACCAGGUUGGAAUAUUCCUCUUCGAGCAGUAUGCGUAUCGAUUGUUGUGAGCUGCUUGCUGUCUCUCAUCAACCUGGGCUCCGCAUUUGCGCUCAACGCUAUCAACUCUCUUGGCGUUGUUUCCAUUCUCUCAUCUUACUAUAUCACCAUCAGCUGUCUUAUUUGGAGACGCACGCAAGGACCACUCCCCAAUCGCAGAUGGUCUCUUGGAAAAUACGGAAUGGCGAUUAACAUCGGGGCCCUGAUGUUCCUGACACCCUUUUGGUUCUUUGCUUUCUGGCCACUUACUCUUCCGGUGACGCUUGAGAACAUGAAUUGGUCUUCGGUUAUGUUUGUUGGUGCUUUUAGCAUUUCUCUCAUCUACUACUAUUUCAAAGCACGACAUGUAUAUAAGGGGCCUAUGGUACUUGUCAAGAGGGAUGAGUAG